AUGUCAAAAGUUAACAAAGAAAACUUUCGGCUUCUGGACUUAUCCAGCGACGAAGAAUCCGAAGAUUUGCACUUAGAAAUAAUCCCAAAUAGGAAGAGAAAAAUAUCAAGAAAGGAUAGAAACCGUGCAAUACAACCUAGAGUAGUGGAAUCAAACUUUGGUACAGAAGUACAAUGUGUGUUAUGUUGGGCAACAAGAGGAACAUUGGUGCUGUGGUUGUUGAUGCUAACAUGGAUUUGUGCAUCCCUUUAUGACCAAGUCACAACUAUGAAAGUUGAUAUAGCUAAAGUUACCGUAUGGGACUACGCAUGCGCCGAUUCUUCUGUGACGUCACGCAAUUACGCUACCCUAGUGCCAGGAGCCAGUCUACGAAAAGCGUUGUGUUUUACCAUACAUCGAUGGCAAUCUGUUCGCGCUUGUGACUAG